AUGCAGAAGAUGCGACCCGAACCAGGAGGACCGAGAGCGUGCAACGUAAGUGACCCGAAUCAGUGCAUUGCCGGAUUGCGGAGAGGCGAUUCGGAGCGACGAGGGGAGAAGAAGGAGGAAGAGUUGGAGCAGGAGCGAGUGGACGAGGAGGCUAAGGCGGAGAAGGCGCAGAAGGAGGAAGAGAUGAAGAAAGUGGGGAAGGACGAAGCGAAGGAGAACGAGCAGGUGCUUCAAGCUGCUCGAGUGCCAUAUGGCGAGGGGGACAGCAGGACGAUUGAGGCCGAGCAGGUGAACCAACACGGUGGUUUGCUGUGUGCCGAGGAUGCAGAGGGGAGCGACGAGGAGAAGGCAAGAGCGUGA